GGCGGCGGACCUAUCUUCACUUUUAGACUCAUUACAAUGCUAAUAUAAUAAAUUUUCUCAGUGAGUGUACCCGGGUCUACCUCUCAUAAUGGACGCCAGGUUGUUGUUGACGGGAUAACCGUUAGCCUUUAGCUUACUUUUUUUGUUUGGUGGCUCCUACAUGGAAUUUCUUUUCGUCGCUAGCAGAAUGCUGAAGAGACAAGGAAUGGCUUUGAUGAACGUUGGCAUGAAUAAAGGGACAUUUUUCACAUUACGAAAAUAGUUAUACGAGACUGUUUCCGUCGCGCUUUUUUAACAAGUUUCCUCUCGGUGGGACUGCAGCCGGUUUCGGCUCGGGCAACAGAAAGACCGACACCCCCGAGGAGACCGCUCGGCUGUCUGGCUCCAGUCGUGGCCUGGCUCCGGGCACUCCCAGCUUAUCCGCUAGCAUCGGAGCACAGGCGACAAGAAUAAAGCAAGACAGCGGGGACACUUCUCUUGUGCAUAUAUAUAUCCGUACCCCUGGAUAUUUGUAAACGCUUGUUUCUCUAGGAUAAGGAUUUCAACAUCCCCCACACGGCGUCUUCCAAAACAAUGGCGUCUUAUGUGGAUAACAGCUUUCGGCAGGCUGUGAUGAUGAAUCCGGCUGAAAGGACGCAACAGGACCUGGAGAUUGUCUAUUCUUAUCUCCAUGGGAUGGAGGCUUUGUCCAACCUGCGAGAGCACCAGCUGAGGAUAAUGUGUGAGACGGUGCGUUAUGAGAGACAUGAAGCCAAUGAAGUUCUAUAUUAUCCUGAUGACAUUGGAAGCUGCUGGUACAUCCUGUUGUCCGGCUCCGUCUUCAUUAAGGAGUCCAUGUUCCUGCCCAGAAGCAGUUUCGGGAAGCGAUCAGCAGGCAGCCUGAGACGUGGAUGUGAGUGCAUCGUCCUGGAACCCUCAGAGAUGAUUGUGGUGGACUAUAUGGAUGAAAAUGAGGAGUACUUCCAGCGGCAAGCCUCGCACAGACAGUCCCGUCGGCGCUUUCGGAAGAUCAACCAGAAAGGGGAGAGGCAGACAAUCAUCGACACAGUGGAUCCGUACCCCACCGGAAAGCCACCCAUAGGCCGGGGAUACCACACGGAAUGCAAUAAACCUCAGCUCCCCGCAGACUUCAGCAGACUUCACCUGGCCGACGGCUUGCACCCACAGGUGACCCACGUCUCCUCCAGCCACUCAGGAUGUAGUAUCACCAGCGACUCUGGAAGCAGCAGCCUGUCAGACAUUUACCAGGCCACAGAAAACGAACCAGGUGACAUGGACCUGAGUGGCCUGCCAGAGACCGCCGUCGACUCCGAGGAGGAUGACGACGAAGAAGACAUCGAGCGGGCGUCCGAUCCCCUCAUGAGCCGAGACAUCGUGCGGGACUGCCUGGAGAAGGACCCGAUGGACAGAACCGAUGAUGACAUAGAGCAAUUACUGGAGUUCAUGCAUCAACUGCCAGCAUUCGCGAACAUGACCAUGUCAGUGAGGAGGGAACUCUGCGCUGUCAUGGUUUUUGCUGUGGUCGAACGCGCUGGCACCAUCGUUCUCAAUGAUGGAGAGGAGUUGGAUUCCUGGUCAGUGAUCCUGAAUGGUUCGGUGGAAGUGACGUAUCCAGAUGGCCGGACAGAAAUCCUGUGUAUGGGGAACAGCUUUGGGGUCUCGCCAACGAUGGAAAAGGAAUACAUGAAGGGUGUGAUGAAGACCAAGGUGGACGACUGCCAGUUUGUGUGUAUAGCCCAGCAGGACUACUGCUGCAUCCUCAACCAGGUGGAGAAGAACAUGCAGAAGGUUGAGGAGGAAGGUGAGAUUGUUAUGGUGAAGGAACACCGUGAACUGGACCGCACCGGCACCAGGAAAGGACACAUCGUAAUCAAGGGCACACCGGAACGUCUCACCAUGCACCUAGUGGAGGAGCACUCGGUUGUGGAUCCCACCUACAUCGAGGACUUCCUGUUGACCUACAGGACCUUCCUCUCCAGCCCCAUGGUCGUGGGCAAGAAGCUCCUGGAGUGGUUCCACGACCCCAGUCUCAGGGACAAGGUUACACGGGUAGUCUUGCUGUGGGUAAACAAUCACUUCAAUGACUUCGAGGGUGACCCUGCCAUGACACACUUUCUGGAGGAGUUUGAAAACAAUCUGGAGAAAGAAAAAAUGUGUGGGCACCUCAGACUGUUAAAUAUUGCGUGUGCUGCUAAAGCCAAGCCGCGGCUGGUGACACUGACCAAGCCGUCCAGGGACUCUCCACUGGCAUUCAGCCUUCUCGGAGGUCAGGAGAAAGGUUUCCGCAUCUUUAUUGAUGCUGUGGAGCCUGGGAGCAAGGCAGCAGAAGCCGGCCUUAAGCGUGGAGAUCAGAUCUUGGAGGUCAAUGGGCAGAACUUUGAGAAUGUCCAGCUCAGCAAAGCCAAUGAGAUUCUGAAGAACAACACACACUUGUCCAUAACUGUGAAAACAAAUCUCUUAGUGUUUAAAGAGCUUCUAACGAGGCCGGAACAAGACCAUGACUUGGAUGGUGAGGAGGAACAUGACAGAAAGAACGGGGCACCGCACCUUCCAAAGAUUGGAGACAUCAAGAAGGCCAGCCGCUACUCCAUCCCCGACCUGGCGGUGGACGUGGAGCAGGUGAUGGGCCUGGAGAAAGUCAGCAAGAAAGCAAAGACCAACACGGUGGGAGGACGCAACAAGCUGAAGAAGAUCUUCGACAAGACGCUUACCAGCAUCCUGCCUCCUAAACCUUACAAUGACGUUUGCGUGGGCCAAUCGCAGGACGACAGCAUCGUGGGGAUGAAACAGUCCAAACAGAUCCCACCAGCUCUGCCCGUUAGUGGAAACCUCUCGUCGUCAAACCCAGACCUUCUGCAGUCUCACCACCGCAUCCUUGACUUCAACAACCAGCCUGUUCCAGUCAUACUGAAUAUGUCAGACCAGGUGUUACGAGUCUUCAAAGCAGACCAGCAGUCUCGAUACAUCAUGAUCGGGAAGGACACAACAGCUAAAGAGGUCGUGGCCCAGGCUAUCAGGGAGUUUGCCCUGACUGCAGCACCGGAGGCUUAUUCGCUGUGUGAGGUGUCCGUCACACCAGAGGGUGUCAUCAAACAGAGGCGAUUACCAGACCAGCUUUCUAAAUUAGCCGACAGGAUUCAGCUGAGCGGCAGAUACUACCUAAAGAGCAACAUGGAGACAGAGACAUUAUGUUCAGACGAGGAUGCCCAGGACCUCCUUCGAGAAGGCCAGAUCUCUCUCUUACAACUCAGUACAGUGGAAGUGGCUACUCAGCUCUCAAUGAGGGCCUUUGAACUUUUCUGUGCCAUCGAGCCCACUGAGUAUAUCGACGACCUGUUCAAGCUGCGCUCCAAGACCGGCUCAGCCAGCCUGAAGCGGUUUGAGGAAGCCAUCAAUCAUGAGACCUUCUGGGUGGCCACGGAGGUGACGCGGGAGCCCAACCAGCUCAAGCGCAUGAAGACCAUCAAGCACUUCAUCAAGAUUGCACUGCACUGCCGCGAGUGCAAGAACUUCAACUCCAUGUUUGCCAUCAUCAGUGGGCUGAACCUGGCUCCAGUCUCCAGACUAAGGGGAACAUGGGAAAAGCUACCGAGCAAGUAUGAGAAGCUCUUUGGGGACCUGCAGGACCUUUUUGACCCUUCAAGAAAUAUGGCCAAGUACAGGAAUGUCCUCAACAAUCAAAACCUCCAGCCACCAAUCAUCCCCCUGUUCCCUGUCAUCAAGAAGGACCUCACCUUCCUACAUGAAGGCAAUGACUCUAAAGUGGACGGCCUGGUGAACUUUGAGAAGCUGAGGAUGAUUGCCAAAGAAAUUCGCCAUGUUGGUCGCAUGGCCUCCGUCAACAUGGACCCGGCGCUCAUGUUCCGGACAAGGAAGAAGAAAUGGAGAAGUUUAGGGUCUCUAAGCCAGGGUAGUGCCAACGCGGCAGUGCUCGAUGUCACCCAGACAGGCGGACACAAGAAGCGGGUGCGUCGCAGCUCCUUCCUGAACGCCAAAAAGCUUUACGAGGACGCCCAGAUGGCCAGGAAAGUCAAGCAGUACUUGUCCAACCUCAGCCUGGAGACAAACGAGGAGAGUCUGCAGACUCUCUCUAUUCAGUGUGAACCCUCCAUCAGCACGCUGCCGAAGAAUGCCAGUGGGAAACGACCAGACACCUCCCCGGUCGUGUCCAGAGCUGCCAGUCAGCAGAGGGGCCAGUUGGCCAAAGGAAACCAGGCUCUCCAGGUCCCUGCCGUGGCCCUUUACCCAUCCCGAAAGAAAGUGCCAGUAAAAGAUCUGCCGCCUUUCGGCACCAGUUCUCCACAGUCUCUGAAGAAGAUUCUGUCUCUGUCAGAGGAGGGGAGCGAAAGGCACCGGAGGCAGCCAGAGGACACAGUGUCCAACGCCUCCUCUCAGCUCUCCUCCCCUCCCACCUCCCCCCAGAGCUCGCCCAAGAAGGGUUACAACAGGAUGGGAGACGCCUACUCAGACUCUGGUCACAGUGAGAUCUCCUCACGCUCCAGCCUCGUCAGUAACUCCUCUUUUGAUAUGGCCCAGGAGGAGCGGAGGCUCCGUCACUCUGGAGGAGUUGGCGAAUCUCACAUCGGGGGCCCGCGGCUGGAACGAAGAGCCACCACUGACCCCGAUCAGUACAGCCUUGGGUCUUAUUCAUCGAUGCAGGACUGUCGGGGUAUUUACGCCGGCUGCCCCACAGUGCUCUCCUCGCCCAGUUCAGAGGAACUAACUCAGGAUCAGGGCGACCGUGUUUCCCUCGAUGCUGCAGACAGUGGCCGCGGCUCCUGGACUUCCUGCUCCUCUGGUUCCCAUGACAACAUCCAGACCAUGCAGCAGGGACGUAGCUGGGAGACUCUGGCCUUUGGGGGAGGCGGAGGCGGAGGUGGCAUCGGAGGGCUCCCUCCUGGCGGACCAGAGGCCUUUUUAGGAGGACCUGCUGCGCUGUGGGCAGCACAGGCCAGGGGGAGCUGGGCAUCUGCCAGCUCCUCUUCAUCCUCAGCUGCGUACUGGGGAGAGGACUCUGAGGGUGACACCGGCACCAUCAAAAGGAGAGGAGGGAAGGACGUCAAUGCCGACCCAGAAACAAGUAGCAUCACAUCCACCGGGUCAGAGGAGGCCAAGCAGCUCAGCCGGCCAUCUCCAUCACCCAUCACUGCUGGGGGUAAAGGCCUCAUUUCACGGAAGGAGGGCCGUUACCGCGAGCCUCCCCCGACUCCCCCCGGCUACACUGCCCUGACCAUCUCUGACCUUGCCGAAGGACAACACCCUGCCCCGACUGUUCCCACAACCACGGCGACCCAUUCAGGCCGCCGGCCGCCAGACUACACCACGGCUCUGCAGCGCUCGCGCAUGGUCACCCAGUCGCCUGACUCCCACCAGGCCCACCAGGGGGCGAAACAGCGGGCGGGCGGCCUCCACCGCACUCGCUCACCGGCCGAGGAGCAAGAGCCCGAUGAGGAAGAGGAGGGUGAGUCCUUGUCUUCCAAACUAGUCGCUCUGAGGAAGCCAAAGCCAGUGGCACAGCAUACACCUGAGACUCCCAGACCAUGAGAGUGUGUGUACGGGGGUUAACAGGCAGGGCCCCUCCCCCCAAGGCAGAGGAUGAACAGGUGUCAGCGGUGUGAGGGACAACAGUGGACGUCCUUUUGCAGUAACUUGAAGUCCCCCCCUGGUUCGGGGGUGGGCAGGAUUAAAGAGACAGACCAAUAGACUCAUCAUCAGUUACGUACGUGCCUGCCUCCUCCACUUGGCUCUCCCUCCUGAUCGGUGGAUCCCUCUGCUCGUCUCCCUCCCCUGCCUUAAAGCAUCAUGGGGGGUUGAAUGACCCUGCAUGCAAAAAAUACUGUGAAGAAGAAGAAGAAGAGAUGGAGAGAGAAGGUCAAAGACGAUGACAAAAUGCCUGGCACUUUGGAAAAAGACUACAGAAACCUAACGGGCGCCAGGGGGAGGGUCGACCUGGCCACAUACACACAAAACCACAUAGAUGUUGCUGUUAUAAACGGGACCGGCUCCUUAAGACCGGCCCCCGCCCAGUGACAGAACCCCAGACCCACCUGUUAACACAACAGCAUCAUGACGUGUUGAGCUUCAUCUGCACUUUCUCAUUUUCUACUUUCUAAAAACAGAACAAAGUAAAAACAGACAAUUGUUUAAAGACAGAGAGAAACAAAGGUCGACUUGACUCUUAAUUUUCAACUUCCCUCUAGAUUUCUUUUCUUUUCUCUCUGUUUUUUUUUUUUUUUUUUUUUACUUUCUUUGACUGAUUGCACUCUGGGGGCCGAAAAGAGAAACCAAGUCAGCCCAUCAUUUCUCUGCCUGGACUGAAACAGCCCACCUGUUGUUGAGUGUUUGAACUCUAAAUCCAGUAUUAUCUCAUGUUUCACAUGUGAAAGCUUAUCAAGUGUUGGUUCAAAUCAAAGCUAGGAGGAGAGCUCAGUCGGGAGAAUCAACAUGCACAGUGUACUGACAUACAUAGAAACAGAAAUACAGUUCAUUUCUUAAAAAAAAAAGUAUAUAUAUAUAUAUAGCACUUUCAGCACAAUCCUAGAUGUUACCAGACAUUUGGCCAGGACACCAGGGUAAGAGUGAACCAUGUCUUACUGUCAUCCCACCUUCGGAGCUUGUCUGGUUAUAUCAAAGUCUUUUCAUCAUCCUGUGGCUUGCUGUUACAUCAAGAGCGUACUGUUUUGUUAGUUGCCUGUAGGUGAUUUCGAAAAGCACAUAGGUGAUUGGCCACCCACUGAAAACUGAGCGAACAUGCUGGUCUCUACAGUGCAUCAGAGGUACACGAGGUAACUACAGCAGCAGCAUUAGAGAAGAUUGAAGCCUGUAGAUUCACCCUGUUUGCCCAAACGAAAAGCCCGCGUCACGUCUGGACGCCGGCAGGAGUUCUUCUAAUUUAUGAACUGAAGUACAAACUGUAAGCGAGCGCUCACUGACGUUAGAAAAGUUGCCUCUUGUCCCAUUAUUUUUUUGGCAGGACAGAAACAGAGACCAACCAGGGUAGUGAACAUCAGCAGAUCUGAGAAGCUGCCAGUGUGUAAAUUGUGAGUGUACCUCUAUCUACUUUUACAAAUGAUCUUGUACAGAGUCUUAUACAUAUUUCCCUUCAAAAUAAAAGAAUCCACAAAUUCAGAUUUGGCUACUUCCCAACCUGAGCGUAUGCCACAUUUUGUGAAUGUCCAAAGCGCCUUACGAUGCCAUGAUUGCAUACAUUUCUUUGCAUGGUUGUUCUCAUCAUGAAUCACCUUGUUUCAAGAGCAGUCUUGAAUCAAGCAAUAGUGAAGUGAAAUGCCUUAUUCAAGAUACUUCCCCUGACUUUUUUUUUUUUAAUUUAUUAAGACUCAGUACAAGAUGAAGUUCGAGUAUUUUCUUUCUUUAUAUGGCUUCGGACGACAUCAUCAGACUUUGGCCGUGGCCAUCCUGUGUUGCAGUGUGGUAGAUCUUUUUGUCUACACACAGUGACCCUGCACCUCUUCCUCUGCUGUUGUGCUACAAGAGUCACCUCAAAAAAAAUGAAAAAGUAAAAAAAAUAAAAGACUCCUCUCACUUGUUACAGACGUCAGCUCAGUGGAUGCUGUAUGUAUACCGCUAACGCCUGCAUCCAGUUUUCCACCAUAUUCGCCAUCGAUGGAAGUGACGGAAGAUUAUGAUUUUUUUUUUUUCUUUGACUCCGGUGGGGAAGCGUACAUAUGAAGAAAUGUUUUUUCAAGGCUGCCAAUCAGGACGAUUAGAAAUCCAAUUGUGAAAAAUAACUUUUUUUUUUUUUUUUUAAUUUCUAUCACUGAUUCGCACUGAUCACAUUGAUCAGUCUUGGAAACUACAGACUGAGAAAAAGAUGAAUGAGUGCAGUGAUUUCCACUGUGUUCUGUGACUACAUACUAAUAAUUUCCUGGGUUUCUUUUAUUAUUGUAAUUUUUUUGUAAUGGCUGCAGAUAGAUUGUUAAUAAUUUGUUUGUAUUACAGUGGUGACAUGCAUCAUUCACUUUCAUUCAACUCUGAAGAUAAUGUGCAUAUUAGCGGGCCUGAGUCCUAUUUCGAAAAACAAAAAGUUGCACAAAAAUGUACAAGCGUAAAGAUAAGUGUAGUAGGUAGAACUGCUACUCCGUUUGAUGUGUGAUGUCAGUGAGAAAUGUACAUUUAGCUGGUGAUGACCUUCUGUUCUUCAUUCUUUCUUGUACUACUUUGACCUGUAUGUCUUUUAAAAAGACAAUUGGUGGAGUAUGUAUCAGUUGUUUUUGUAUUUUUAAUACAAUAAUUGUAAAUAUUGGUUAUAUUUUUGUUCAAAUGUACUAUGUUUAUGCCUCAACAUCCAGUUUAUAUGAAGCUGGGAAUCAAUAAAUACUGCAUAAAGAACCAA